AUGAUACAUGAGUGUAAGCUCGAUGCCGAGUCGACCGAGGAGGGGAACAAUGCCUCGCGAACCCAGCAUGUGCAAGGUACAACGGUGCACACGCUCCUCGGGCACAUAAAGGCAUGCCAGAUGGCGGCAAGAGUGGAGGCGUCGCUCUACCGGGAGAAGGAGCUGAGCAACAUGCGCGAGAUCUCGGUGGUCAGAUCGGAGGUGCGGUUCAUGGUCCGCACCAAGAACAAGAGGGAUGUCAAGAAUUGUGCCGACCGGCGUCGCGGCACCAUCGGCGAUACCUACACAGCCGAACAGUUCCGCCAGAUCAUGAUGAAGGCGCUCACGCUACUCUCCCACCACACUCUCCUGCGAGGCGCCAGCAUCCGCGAGAUCACGCUCCCCGACAUCUUCUUGUACCGACUGGCUAGCACCUCGUUGGUGAACCCGGAGAACCAGCCGGUCGUCAUGGUGAUCGCCGUGCGGAACUCGAAGACUUCCAAGGAUGCCCGUCUUCAGCAGAGCUACGCGGCGCAACACCUGGAAGUGGAGUUGUACGCCGUCGGCGAGACCGGCCUGUGGUUGCACUUCAUCCUCGACCAGAUCGGUCAGUUCAACGGCGUCGACUUCCUUCCGCCGCUUGACACCACCGAAUGCGAGCGCUGGUACAAGAAGCACCUCUUCUUCGCCCGCAACGACAAGGAGCAAAAAGAGCUCUCCGCCGCCAGCCACCAACAUUGGAUGCGACAAAUGUGGACGACCAACAAGGUGUUCUGCAAGCGGAACGUGCACGCCGCUCGCACCGGAGGUGCGCAGGAGCUAGCCAUUGAAGGGACGCCUCGCGCCGAGAUCGCCGAGCUGGGUCACUGGGCACUCGACAAGAUGACGCGUGCUUACAUCACAACCAUUCCCGUUGGGGUGGUGAUGAGGAAGGCCGGCUACUCGGGCUGCAAGCAAGACUACUUCCUGGGUCGCAGGAGGGUCGAGCCUUCCGACAAACUCUUGGACAUCAUCGCCGAGCACAUCUUCCCCGGCGUGGAUGCUCUGCUGCGCGAUGAAAUCUCCGUCCGCUUGGACACCGAAUACCAUAACAUGUCCCUCAAGGAGAUGCUGAAGUACGAGAGGGAGCGCUCCGCGGUCAAGAAGAUUGACCUUCAGGAGGAGAUCGAGAAGCGCGACGAUACCAUCGCGACGCUGACCGCCGAGAUAACCCGUCUCACCGAGGCACUCAGUGUUUCAGACGCAUGGAGGAUGCCGGCGGCGCCGCCGUCGGGGAACGAGCAAGCGCCGAGCGAGAGUGGCUCCGCGGAUUUUGCCAGGUCGCCGAGCCGGGAUUCGUCGACCCUCCUCAAAGGCGCGACGCAGGGUGCACACGACAUGAAGGUGCGCCGCAUGCUGAAGGCCAUGGAUGCAGUGCGCCUUCUUCGCUCGAGCGACGGCGAUGCCGACACCGAAGGCGUCAUCACUGCCCUGAAUAAGAUCGCGGCGCCGGGCAUCGGGACCUUCUGCGAUGCCCUCACGGUGCUCAAACCGGGAUCCGCACAGACGAAGUCCAAGGAGCCUGGCAUGGGCGUCAAGGGGCUGGGCCCCAAGUCAGUCUCGAAGCUUCGUCUCGCCUGUGCGCUGGUGGCGGUCAACUUGAAGCCGAGCGCUUGGGUUGCCGUCCUGUUUCCAGACACCUGA